AUGACUUCUACUUCUACCGAAGGUUCCUCAAUAUCCACAGCAACUAUCGCAGGAAUCAUCAUCGGAGUUGUAGCAAGCGCAGCUUUGGCCGCAGGUGCAUGCUUCUAUUUGCGAUGUUGGAGGCAAGGCAGAGGGAGGUUCACGAGGCUUCGCAAGGGGAGGAGGGUAAUAGAUGCUGACGAAGAAUUUGUAUCGCAUGGAUCAAGCGUUAGCGUUUGUGAUCGACGCGGAGGGUAUGGUCACGGACAACAUCCAUCUGUAUCCCUUGAACCUCUCCUUCUACCCUCCCCGCCCCCAACAUCACAGAACAUUCCAGUCCCGCCACUACCACGAGACUGGUCUUAUCUCCACUCUCCCGUCCCUCCCGUCCUACCCAAUAUAACAACAGAUCCUAGCAUUCUCAGCCUCUACGAAGCCGACGACCCAUAUACCCGCAUCGAAAGAGCGAUACUCCCGACAUCUGCCGUACAUGACAUGUCCGUAUCUUCACGCGAGGCGCUGCAAGAGGCAACGGCUGAACAAUACUCCAGGCACACAGCCAAAUUUCCUGGGCCAUCCGCCCCGCUUUUCAUCAAUCGCACGCUGGCUCGACCCUCGGUUCCUGACUUCUCAGGCCGGACAAGCACUUCCUUGUUUCUCCCCGCGAAUCUUCCCCAUUCUAUAUCAUCUCGGUCAGGAAGUACCGACAUCAAUUUGUUCGAGCAGAGUAGCAGGGCCGUUUCGGCUGGAGAUGCGGCACCGCUCAAGCCGCAGAUAUCAUUCCCCAGUCUGCCAGCGGAGCAAACCACCCGGAAACAAUCGGAAUUCCAAACUCGGGCAGUAAGCAGUGAAGUCGACGCCAGCAGCCCUGAAUCCAUCUAUUCACAAGAAUCCGCACAACAUGCUUCCCAUCCCCCAGACUCCCAGUUAUCAACCCAGUUAUCAAGGAGGGGCAAAUCAUUCCGGAGACAUUCAAGGGCGCUGACGCUAACAGGGCUAAGCCCCGUUAUGGAAGGUUCCACAUCGACGAAUGAGUUUCCUUCCCAUGACGUCUCGACGAACUCGGAGAUCGAGAAAAAGCCAUCCCGCACCUUCUCAGAACUCGAAAAACAAUCGUCCCUUUCAGUCGCACUAUCGCAUAGCGCAUCCUCAACAGGCCCUGAAUGCACCUCAUUUCCCCUCCUUUCCUCUAACAACGCAUUCGGAAAAAGUGAUUCCGCCUCAUCCCAUGGAUGGACAACCUCUGGCUCAAGCGGCCGAACGACGAGGUAUCCUUCAUUGGCACCUUCUAGUUCGGGACCGUCGUCAUCCAACUCAAAUCCUCACCCUCACUCUGAUUCAGCCACUGAGUGGCACCGUCCACCAGCAGGCCUUGCUGCGCUCAAACAUCUAGAGCUUCCAAAUCCGCACGCCGCAUCACCUCAGGAGAUACUUGAUGCAUCAGUGCUACCUCCUGCUCGUCAAUCACUGCUUGCAGCCGACAAGUGGCUUGAGGUAGCGCCACACAAAGCUCACUUGCGUGCGCAUUCUCCAGGAUCCGUGCCAGAAGUUGAGCGGAGGUCAAUUGUACAAUGUGGUAUUGCGAGUAUCGAUGUAACAUUGUAA